CAAACCGUGAUCCUUCAGUCCUGCAGCCAGAGCUGAGCUGAUGAAGAUGCAAAAAGACAGAAAGGUGUUCGGUGCUACCUGCCCAAACCAAAUGGGCCAACAGGGGAGGAAAGCUGCAGUAAACAAAAAGGAUAAAGUGUUUGUGCCAAGAAGCAGCAGUCCAGUUACUGUGUACGUGGAGCUCCCCUCCAUCAUUGAACAAGCGUUUUCAACAAUUGCAUGGGAUGAUUUGGAGGACUGCGCAUCUGUGGUGAGACGAGAGAGCGACUCCCUCGGCUCUCAGGUGAUUGAGUCUGAUGCAGAUGACCAAGACUUUGGAGAUUAUGCACUGGAUUUCAUGGCAGAUUCUCCUGGCACAUUGGAGAGCAGUCUGUGUCCAGCUGAACUGGUACCAUUUCAGGGAUGUGUUAUACCUCCUCUCACCCCUCAGCGGUACUUCUCUUCAGAUGACAGUCUGGUUCACUCCUCCACAGAAGCAGGCAACUCAUCUGCCCAAGAUGCAGCUCUCUGGAAGAGCACUGCCCAGUGCCAAGGCACAGUGUUUGAAGAUUCCAUGGAAGUCAACAAUCAGCUCCAUGAGACUCUACACAGAAAACAGGAAGAGAUUGACUCCCUUCAGGAGAGGAACCUUCACCUCAGGCAGCUGGCCAGCCGUGCAAAGCACCUGGCCUCAGUGCUUGAAAAACUGAUGACAGUCAGGGACCCACAUGCAGGAGAGACAGUGAUGCCUUGUGGUGAUAAAACUUCACUGAGUCCCUGUAAACGUAAGCGACUGGAUGAAGGAUAUGAAACAGAGUCCUCUGCCUCAGUGGAGGACAUGCUGAGGGACAUCAGCACUUGCUGCAAUGCUGUCCUGCACAGCGCUGCUGCUGGACCAAGACUACAACGGGAAUCAGAGACUAUACGCAUGUACGGCGUAUUCUCAGGCCUACAGACUUCUAUUUCCAAAGACAGCAGCAUGACGACAGAUGGAGCAGAUCCAGAAGAAAGUGUCGCAUCUUUCAGAACUUCUAUCAGAGAACACUGCACCAUAAAGACUCAGGUGUUUCCUCAUGGACGAGCCUUCACCUCGAGGACACAGCAUGGAGGAUACCGCUUUCGCUGGGUUCCCAACCACAGCUGAAACCAUUAGUGCUUCUUAUUAGUGGUUUGAAAGUGCCAUAUGUCUGUUCAAGACUGGAAGGAAGUGUGGAUGGGCAGUAGCUGUUUAUGCUUAGCUAAUAAUCUAUAAUGAUAUCUGUGAAUGAAUAAAUUAUGUCUUCCUCAGGUAGCUUGUAAGCUAAUCAGUCAGUUAGGGAGAGUUGCCUAACAAAGGAAAUGAUACUGCCCGAGCUUAUGUUUUCAUUAUGUUUCUGAUUACCUAAAAUGUAAUGGAGCUAUGUCUGUUUAUUUUUACACCUCACAAUAUGUUUUGUCUUGGAAAAUUGAAAUGAUUUUACAAGUUUGGAAAUAAAAGUUAUGGUUUAAAAAA